AUGGGGAAGUACAUGAGGAAAGCGAAUACGACCAGCGAUGUGGCCGUGAUGGACUUGACUCACGGCGUCCGUACGCGAGCGAAAACCCUAGCGCUUAAGAAACAACAGGGAAUGAAACUACAUGCUUCAUCUGCCUCUCACCCGUCGUCUCCUGCCGGCUACCUUCAGCUCCGGAGCCGCCGUCUUGAGAAGAAAACCCCGCCGAUUCCGUCAUUGCAUCAUGAUUCUCCAAGAAGGCAGCAGCAAAGGCAGGCUGGUCAGAAUAAUAGUAAGUCGGGGCCGCAACACAGAGAUGAAGAGGAAAGCGGUACUCCUAGCCCUAAUUUGAAACCGAGUUCGCUGCUGGUGGGUAAAGAUUCUGGGUCGGGUGAAGAGAAAGAAGGAGGAGAAAGUAAAGUGGAGAGUAGAGAGGUUGAAGAGAAUAAUAACAGCAAUAGUAAAGAUUUGGGUUCUUUUGGAGAUAAUGUUUUGGAUAUUGAAGAACAAGAUUCGUACAACUUCAUUGCAUUUGGUGGCUUUCUGCUUGAAAAUGCCGGAAUCUUACCUGCCUAUUUGUUUACUGGACAGUACACUGAAGAGGCUUCAGAGAGCACUAGGGAAUCCACUCCUUGCAAUUUAACAAGAGGCGCAGAAGAGACAAGAACCCCUAGUUCUACUACUAAGCCUGCCAACCCAACUGAAGGUAGCCGGAGAUUACAUAACUCAAUGCGAAGACACAUCCCAACAGCCCGUGAAAUGGAUGAGUUCUUUGGCCCGGCUGAAGAAGAGCAGCUAAAGCAAUUUACUGAGAAGUAUAACUUUGACCCCGUUAGUGAGAAGCCACUCCCUGGACGUUACAAAUGGGAGAAAUUGGAUCAUUAG